GGUUUAUAAGAGGCGAGGUGGUUCAUCGAAUGAUGGGUUAAAAAUUUCAGAGAGCUAUUUGUGGCCUGCCGCUUCGCACGCCAGAUACAGACAGAACAGCAUGGAGACGCUUCUUUUUCUAUUUCCUCAAUUCAACUACAUGGCCCCAAAGGAGGAAGCGUAUUUCAAAAUGCUUGGUCCAGAAGACUUGCAAGCACCAAAGAUGAAGGACGAUUCUAGCAGACAGAAAGACAAGGAGAGGAAGAGCCGACUAAGCCUUUUUCUCACCAAGUCAGGGUCUCAUGAAAACGUCAGUCCCCAUAAAAAGACAAAUACGACAUCCAGCAACAUCUCACCAGAGGCAGCUUUGCAAUGGAGCGACUCCUUUGAAGAACUGCUCAAGCACUCAGAUGGUGUAGAAACCUUCUCUCAGUUCCUCAGGACAGAGUUCAGUGAGGAGAACAUUGAGUUCUGGUUGGCCUGUGAAGAAUACAAGACCAUUGAUUCUGAGACGAAGCUGCUGUCCAAGGCCAAAUAUAUUUAUACAGUAUUUAUUGAAUCGGAGGCCCCUAAAGAGGUCAACAUUGACUACAACACCAAGAUGGCCAUCCAGAGGAACUUAGCACGGCCCACAAAGAGCUGUUUUGAAGCCGCACAGAUGAAAGUCUACAGCCUGAUGAAAAAGGACUCCUACCCCAGGUUCCUGCAAUCUGACAUUUAUCUGCGUGUCACCAGGCGGAAAGGCCCCGGGGCCACCAUGUUUCGCAGAAGGUCACGCUCCUGUGUAUUCAACGAGAGAGGCGAGGCCACGACUGAACCCUCGGCCUGGUAGUCGUAAAAUCGCAGGUGUAGUAGCUCACUCUGUGAAACAGAUUAUUAUAUAGGAGAUAAUCCGUGAUUUUCUGCACAGCUGUUGAAACAUAAUGUGAGGUGCAGAGACUUAUUAUCCACAGGUUUGCUUUUGCAGAGUGCGUUAUUUUUUUAUAAUCGCAGGGGCCAUUAUGGAUUAUCCCAAUAACAUACCAUGGCGGCAUGCCAGUGACAGUAACAUGUAAUAGUUUGACAUUUUGGGAAAUAACAUUGUUUUCCUGCCAUGAGUUAAACAUGAGGGUUGAUCCCACUCUCGUGUGUAAAUAUGAAGCUAUAGCCAGGAGAUGCUUAGCUUAGCUUAGCAUGAAGACUGGAAACAAGGGGAAACAGCUAGCCUUCAUAAGUGUUAACAAAUCCACUUAUCAGCAUUUCUAAAGCUCUAUCUAUCUUUUCUGUAGUGUUUGGGGGAGUCUUCACUAAGCUAACUGGCUCAUAUCUACCAUGACUUGAGAGUGAAAUUGAUUUUCUCAGCUAACUCCCAACAAGAAAGCAAAUAAGCAUAUUUCCCAAGAUGUACUUUUUCUGUAAGUACUGUACUACACAGCUGAAUAACAGCUGCCAACAUUAGACUUCCAAAUCUAAGAAGAAAUGUAUAAAGGUUAUGAGGCCACUACGUCACAGCCAUGUGGUUAUGUGAAAAUAACGGACACCCUCGGGCCAAUCGAACGAAUAUUCUCUGUGGUCACAGUAUGAAACCAGAUUACUGAGCACUUGCAGCAAAGAUCUUUCCAUUCUCUCUCUCAGAGGCAUUGCACUGCUUGUGGAUUGAACCUGAUGAUUUCUCUUUCCUUUCUCAAACCUUGCAAAACUUGAAUGACAAUGGGAUGGUUGGAGACAGAAUCUAAGCUGAAGUGCCUCCAUACUACUGACAGUACCCAGCCAGGUGUGCAGGCAGCCACACUGAGGCGACUCUCCUGACUUCAGACACGUUUAACUUAAAUUGCUUCGUCUUCUGAUCCAGCAAUAGCACCUUAUACAACAUUAAUACAGUUGAUAUGGUGAACAAGCUAAUUUGACCAUAUCUCAUUAAAAUGGACUCAUGAUUUUAUCCCUCGCACUGUCCAACCCCCUCCAGACUAACUUGCAGUGAAAGCCCACAGCCAUAGUGCCUGCAAAGCAUUGAAACUUUUUAAUGAGGGAUAGAGAGCUUUCAUUCAUUUUCUGUGAUUAAUUAGAAUGUAUCCCAUUUUCACACACAGAAAAUUCAUAUAUCUUAUUUUGAAUACUAAUAAUACAUUAUAUUAAUAAUGAUUGCUGUUUUUCAGUUUGCUGCCAUCUAAUAUAAUUUAUGUAUUAUUAUGAUCAUAUGUGUUGCCUUGCUGUUGUAAAUGUAUAUACUACAAUAUGUGGAGUAACUCAAAUAAACACUUUCUUAUAAAAGUA